CUUCUUCUAAAAAAAAUGAUAAUACCCCAAAUGCACAAAGACUUCUUAGAUUCUUCAACAAGAUCCAAUCUCAACUUGAACGUUAGUGAACCCAUCAUUAGGUUUAGCAAAAACAAAGUAAAAGUUUCUUUUUUCCCCCCUCUUUUUCUCUCACCCACUUCCACCUAAUAUCUAGACCGUUGCAAAAUUAAACAUUUUUCACUUUAUCAAAUUCUACAUUGACGAAAAGCUAAAGAAUUUCAAGAAGAAGGUGUAUAAACUGUUGAUAACUCAAUCAGCCAUAGAUACAAAAGAGAAAAAAAGACAGUGCCAACACCUUCACAUUCAUCCAAUAUUCUUCUUACCUUCAAUCAAUCAUGGCUGACACAAACACAAACAGUAACAUGUCACUGCCACAAACCCAUCAACUAAACCCCACUCUUGAGCCUCUCUUGCAUGCCCUUGACCCCAUAUCACUGAUCCUCAACCAGAAUUCCAAUUCAGACCACCCUUUCCCUUUGAGGCUCACCUCCGCAGAUAGCUUCAUCUUGGAGAGAGGACCAAAGUACACUGCAUAUGCUGAACUGAGAGAAACAAGGUUGCACAUGAAGUGUUUGAUGCAAGAACAACAACAACAACAUGAGGCUCAGGAAUUGGAACCAAGGACAAAACCUGUAACCCCACCAAGGAAGAAACAGGUCAAGUUUCAAGCUUGUGAGGGACACUCAAAAGGGUCCUUCUCUAUUGCUCAGUCUGUGCCGGAUUUCUCUUCCGCGUUAAGGAAAGAGAAUAGGAAACCUGUGAACACCUUGCCUUCAAUGACACCACCAAGCAAGAGUGGCAAUGGGGUGGUGUUGAGUUUAAGAGGGAGCAAGUCAGUGAGUGGAGGGGAGAAGAAGAAGUGUGGUGGUGGUAUGAUGGCAAGGAAGAGCUAUGCUUGCAUUGAUGAGCUUAAGAGUUUGUCUUCUGCUACAGCCAUUGCCAUCAAUGGUGAAGGUAGAGGAGGAGGACGGGGUAACAAGGUGAUGGGGAAAACAGUUUCAGGGCACCACAGACAGUUUUGAAUGUGGUUGUUGUGGAAAUAUUGAUUCCUUGAAUUUGGUCUUGUUCUUUAUUAGUUGAGUUUGUUGGCUUCGAGAGGCUGUGGUGAUGGUUGUGCAAUUUCUCUUUUGGUUUCCAUUCAUUCUGUGUUUUGUUUUUUUUUUUUUGGUUUCCUUUUGAGGAACUUACAGUAUGAUGUAAAAUUGUAAAGUUAUGUAUGGUGUAUGUAAAAGUGUUUCUCACUGUAACACUAUUAUAGGAAAUACAUAGUUUUACCAUUUCCUAUUUAAAUGGACUUUGUUCA